AUGCAAGAUAGAGUGGUUCCACCAUGCCUGUGUUGGCCUCAAAGAACAACCCAAAGGGAAGUGGUAUUGUUCCGAUUGUGCUGGAUUGCCGAAGAGGAAGAGAGGCAAAUGACAGACUCCGAAGAGGAAGAGAGGCAAAUGACAGACUUCGUAAUAGCAGUUAAUUUUUUUCUGUUGUUUUCAUGCUUGAAGCUCUAUACCAUGAGCAAACAGAACUGUCCAUCUUCUCCCCUUCCCCAAGAGCAAAUAACAGCUCCAGCUGCAAAAUAUGAACAAAACCAUCAUCUUCAGCACCACCCUUUCAAUUUACAAUCCAAAAUGAAAUCAGUAGACAAAUUCAUGAUUCAAAUGCAAUCCAAAACAGAAGCCAGUCCUCCAUCCACUUUAUACUGGUGGCUGCUUCGAGUUCUUCUAAGGUAUAUGCCUACUUCACUGCAACAAAGGCACAGGUCCUAUCCUCCUUUCCAGUUUAUGUACUGUGCUUUGUGCGACGUUGUUUUCGUGCCCUCAAGCUCUCAUAGUUGCAGAUUUUGCGUCCCCCAAGUUAUUCAAGUCAUCCAUGGCAUCGUCAAGGUUCACAUCAUCGGUCAAAACAUCUACAAAAACUGA